AUGCGCGCGGUCGCUCCACGGGCCCGGAUCCGCCCCCUGGAGCCGGAAUGGACCGAGCACAAGGCCCCCGACGGCACGACGUACUACUACAACCGCGUCACGCGCGCGUCGUCGUGGACGAAGCCCGAGGCGCUCAUGACGCCCGAGGAGCGCGCGCUCAAAAUCGCCAAGAGCAGCUCCCCCUGGGUGGAACACAGGGGGCCCGAUGGACGCAGCUAUUAUUACAACAAGGUCACGAAACAGUCCGUGUGGGAGUGCCCCGCGGAGUACGCCGCGAUCAAGGACAUCGCGAGCCAGCUCGUGGCCUCCCAGGACUCGGGCAAGGCCCCCCCGAGACCCCCCCCGGUGCCGCAACAACAACAGACCGCGCCCCCCGCGCUGCCGGGGCCGCCCGCGGCGGCUCCGCCCGGCCCGGCCCCGCCCGCGCGUCCCGCGGCUCCGCCGGGGCCCGCCCCGCCCGGCCCGGCGCCUGCGCGGGACGCGGCGGCGGAGCGGGCGGCGCCGAUCGCGGCAGCGCUGCUGAAGCAGAAGGAGGAGAGCGAGGCGGCGGAGAAGGCGGAGAAGGCGGCGGGGGCGGACGCGGCGGCGGUGCGGUACGCGUCGCGCGAGGAGGCGCGCGCGGCGUUCAAGCAGAUGCUCACCGACACGGGCGUCGACACCAAGUGGUCGUGGGAGCGGGCGCUGAAGGUGAUGUGCACGGACAAGCGGUACGGCGCGCUGCGGUCGCUGUCGGACAAGAAGGCGACGUUCCACGAGUGGCGGCACCAGCGAGAGAAGGAGUUGAAGGAAGAAUAUCGAACGAGGAGUAAAGAGAUAAAGGAGGCGUUCAUUGCGAUGCUGGACGACGGCGCGGGCGACGAGGCCGCCGCGCCCGGGUCGUUCGCGGCCGCGGCGGUGCGGUACGCGGCCGACGAGCGCUGGCGCGCGGUGCCGACGGAGGCGGAGCGGAGGGAGAUGCACGCGCAGUGGGCGGCGGAGCGGGAGCGGCGCGCGGAGGCGCUGCGGUACGAGCGCGCGCAGGAGCGGCGGCGCGCGCUCGCGGACGCGAUCCGCGCGAUGCCGGGGCUCGCGCCGACGACGGCGCGGUGGGCGCGCGUGCGCAGGGAGGUGCUGGCGCUCCCGGAGGCCCAGGGGCUGACGCAGCUGGACGUGCUGGAGGAGUACGUCAAGGUGAUGACGGCGCGGGAGGCGGAGGAGGCCGAGGGGAGGAAGAAGGAGCGCCGGGACCGGGAGCGACGGGAGAGGAAGGCCCGGGACGUGUUCCGGGAGCUGCUGCGCGGGAUGGUGGAGGAGGGGGCGCUGACGCCACGAAUGCGGUGGAAGGAGUUCCUGCCGCUGGUGGACCUCAAACCGCAGUACACCGCGCUGUGCCUGAACAUCGAGGGCUCCCGCCCGAAGCAGCUCUUCCUCGACGAGCUCGCGCGCCUCGAGGCCGCCUUCGACCGCCGCUGCCGCACCAUCGCCGACGCCAUGUCCGCCGCCUCGCUCGCGCCCACGGCCGACACCACCUUCGAAGAGUUCCGCGCAGCCCUCCGCACGGCCGCCGACGCCGACGCCGCGCGCCGCGCGGCCGCAGGCACGUCCGACGCCGAGUCGCUCGGCCGGCCCCUCGCGGAGGUCGUCGCGGAGCUCGACGGCCCCACGUUGCGGCUGGCGUUCGAGUGCGGGGUCGCGGAGGCGCGGCGGCGCGAGGAGCGCGCGGAGCGGCGGCGGCGGCGCGCGCGGGACGAGUUCAUGUCGCUGCUGCGUCGUCGCGGCGACGUGGGGCCGGAGUCGCAGUGGGCGGAGGUGUGGGCGCGGGUGAAGGGGCACGCGGCGGCGGAGGCGGUGGAGGAGGAGGCGGAGCGGGAGGAGCUGUUCGAGCGGGUGCGGAGGCGGGCGAGGGAGCGGGCGGAGGAGCGGGAGCGGGAGCGGGGGCGCGGGCGGCGCGGGCGGCGGAGCCGGAGUCGGAGCCCGGCGGGGGGGGGUGACUCGAGGAAGCGGGGGCGUAGCGGGGGGAGUCCGGCGGCGCAGGGCGCGGAGAAGAGGGGGCGGGCGGAGGAGAGCGAGAAGGAGGACGGGGAGCUGUGA